GAUUUGACUUUUAAAUUAUACAGAUGCAAUGCCCACGAAGACGAAAGUCUGUAAAACUUUGAAUGAAUUAUAUAUACAUUAACAAUAUGUCAGAUGUUACUAAAGUAAAAUAAAAAUGUCUGGAGUUCCUGUUUAUCUGAAAGGACGUGGUAGAGGCAGAGGUCGAGGAAAUGUAGAACAAAACAAAGCUAAAUGGACAAAUGGCAGUGGCUCUGAAAACAAUGUCAAAGACAAUGGAUGGAAAAAUGGUGUUACCAGCAAACAAUCAAAACAAGAAAUAUCACGGAAUAGUAUCAAUGAUAAACUCAGUGUAGAUGAAGCUCAGAAGAAAUUUGAAGCUGUGAGUAGUCAGCAUCAACAGGCCAUACAGAAUGUUUUGGAAGAAUCUCAGUUCUCUGACGAAGAAGAAGGAGAUAUUGGUGACAAUGUAUUAUCAACUGUCUUCAAGUCAUAUUCAGAUACUAUAGACCAUGGCGAGGAUGAAGAGAAGGCCAGAGAAGAUAUGAUGUACUCCUUUAGAUCAGGAACAGCUGCUUGUCUUGUGUGUAUAGAGAAUAUCAAGAGAGAAGAGGCAAUAUGGAGUUGUAAAGUGUGCUAUGCUAUGUUUCAUAUACCCUGUAUACAGAAAUGGGUAAAAGAAGGAGUUUACCAGCAAGUGUACAAAUCAGAUGAGAAUAUAGAUGCAAAAUCUGUACCGUGGCAUUGUCCAAAGUGCAGGACAGAAUUCUCACAGAUUGAGUGUCCAACCAGAUACUCAUGUUUUUGUGAAAAGGUUAUAGAACCAAAGUUUGAUCCAUGGCUAGUACCACAUUCUUGUGGCCAGACUUGUGGCAAAAAUUUAAAACCAGAGUGUGGCCACACAUGCUUACUUCUUUGUCAUCCAGGUCCAUGCCCACCCUGUCCAAAGACAGUUCGUGUGACGUGUUAUUGUCAGAAACAGUCUCCUCAGAUCAAACGAUGUAGCGCCAGGACUUGGUCGUGUGGUCAGCCAUGUGGUUAUCAGCUUACCUGUGGUCAACAUAGAUGUCAGGACCCUUGUCAUGCAGGGGGCUGUCCACCCUGUACAAAGACAAGUAAACAGAAAUGUAUGUGUUCAAAAUCAAUGGCUGUGAGAGAAUGUGCCACUCCCCGGUGGCAAUGUGAUGAGCCCUGUGGAAAGAGACUUGCAUGUGGUAACCAUGUUUGUGAAAAAGUUUGUCAUGGUGGAAAUUGUGGACCUUGUCCAAGAUCUGGACUGAGAAAAUGUCCUUGUGGGAAAACAGAGGAUUCACUGCCUUGCACUGAGGACAUUCCAACAUGUGGUGAUACCUGUGGUAAAAUGUUGGAUUGUGGGAUACAUACUUGUCCAGAGAGAUGUCAUACUGGAUCAUGUGGCAAGUGCUUAAAUGUUGCGACAAAGACUUGUUUAUGUGGACAAAGGAAAAAAGAACUACCAUGUUAUAAAGAUUAUCAUUGUGAGACAAAAUGUACCAGAAUGAGGGAUUGUGGAAAGCAUCAGUGUCGGAGAAAGUGUUGUGAUGGGAAUUGUUCUCCUUGUGAACAGACGUGUAACAAACCGCUGGGUUGUAAAACACAUAAAUGUGCAAGCCGUUGUCAUCCUGGUCGUUGCUACCCAUGUUCGAACACAGUAGAGAUAACAUGCAAUUGUAAAAUGGCGAGGAUAACAGUUCCGUGUGGAAGAGAAAAGAUCACCAAACCUCCGAGAUGUCACCAAAAGUGUAGGAGACCGCCAUUAUGCCACCAUCCUGCCACAAUACCACAUUCUUGCCACUUUGGAGAAUGCCCGCCUUGUAGACUUCCAUGUUUAAAGCAGUUGUCUCUGUGUGGUCACUCUUGUCCUUUGAUGUGCCACUCAGCAGUCAAGGUCAAGAUUAAAGAAAAUCUAAAUGUUGCUGGACCUUGGGAAGGAAGACCAACAAUUAGAGAGGAAAUUCAAGAUAAACCUUGUCCUCCUUGUAGAGUACCUAUACCUAUACAAUGUUUAGGAUUACAUGAGACAGGUAACUUUGCAUGUUCUGAUGUUAGACCCUACAGCUGUGGUAGGCCAUGUGACCGUCUGCUGGCAUGUGGUAAUCAUACAUGUCAACUACUCUGUCACCAAGUUACUGGAGCAAAAGAAAAUGGAAAGGCGGGUGACAAUUGCAGUCCAUGUGAUGAGGGAUGUGACAAGCCCCGCCCAGAGGGGUGUACCCACAAAUGUCCACUACUCAAAUGUCAUCCAGGAGAUUGUUCCCCUUGUACACAGAUGAUCCGCAUGAGGUGUCAUUGUCAGAUAAUGGUACAACAUUUAGAUUGCAAUAAAUUGACAAAUUCCGAUGAGCAUACUAAAAAUACCCUGAGGUCAUGUGGAGGUCAAUGUCCGAAAAAGCUGUCAUGUGGCCAUGUUUGUAGUUCUAACUGUCAUGCUGGUCCUUGUCCUAUGGAAAAGAAAUGUAUCAAGAAGACCACACGGAAAUGUGCAUGUAAACGUAUUAAAAAGGAAGUGGUUUGUAAAGAUGUGACAAGCAAAGUGCUAGAUUGUGAUGAGAAAUGCAAGGAAGAACAGGAGAAAAAGAAAGAGGAAGAAGAAGAAAAAAAGAGAUUACUCAACGAAGAAGAAAUUAAACAGCAACAAGCCAAAGUUGAAGAAUUUGAGAAGAGGAUGGGAAAAGGAAGAAAAAGAAGAAAGAAGUAUGAUGAAGAGGAAGAAGAGAAAUUAACUUUUAUACAGCAACACAAAAAACUUUUAAUAAUGUCUCUUACUGUGGCUGUGUUAGCAAUAUUUGCUUAUAGUUUAUUGUUACAGUAAUUUGUUUGUUAUAGGAAUUUCAAAGUAAUGGAAUUUGGUAAGGUUUCUACAGUCUAUGGUUUAUUAAGUUUUUAAUAUUUAUUUGUCUUCUUUGUUUGUGUCAUUGGGUUGCUGUCUGAUUAAUGUACUGUGGAUUCACUAUUAUUCAUGGGAUACCAAAUUUCAUGGAUUUUGCAGAAACAGGUGAACCACGAAUUUAAAUGUUUAACGAAUUACAAAUUUUCUAUAAGCUUGUAUAAGGGUGUGGAUGGGAGUUUACAGAAUAGAGAAUAAUGGGUGAAAAAUAAAAGGAAUACAGAAUAAUGAGGUGCUGAAAUAUAAAGAAAAAGAAAAAAAUGGGCCAAAAUAUACAGAAUAGAGAAAAAUGCCUUAGCAAAUUAAAGAAUACAGAAAAGGAGGACUUUUGCAAAACAAUGAAAUCAAUUAUCCACAGAAUUGCAAGUUUUCCUGAAUCCACAUAAAUUGGUACACAUGAAAAUUAAUGAAUCCACAGUAUACCCCUCAUCUCCUUCUUUUCAUUUCAAUGGUAGAAACAAUUAAAGGUAAACAAAUUCCCAUCUUAUUUAUCUGAAUAUUUAUCCAGAACAAAACAAUUGUGGAUGUAUGUUUGCAAGGUGGAUGGUCAAAUCAGUUUUACCAUUGUUUACUAUCUAAAAUUGCAAUUAUUGUCAUUUGUGUGGUCAAUCAUGGAAUAAAUAUUAAAAGAAUGACUGAAAAACCUGUCUGAUGAGUUUCUGUCAAUAUAGCUAAUGAAAAUUUUACAGACUCAACUCUAAAACAAGCAAACUUAAAUUUUGUGAAAAAAUAUACACUUGAAUGGUGCAGGUAUAACUUGCUAACACUGUAAACUAAAAUGCAUUUGGCCCUUUGUAGCUUGCUGUUUGGUGUGAGCCAAGGCUCCGUGUCGAAGGCUGUACUUUCACCUAUAAUUGUUUACUUUUAAACAUUGUGACUUGGAUGGAGAGAGGUCUCAUUGGCAUUCAUACCACAUCUUCUUAUAUCUAUUAUCUGUAUGCAGUAUUUCUAAAAUUACAAUUAUCAUAUUUUGUCCAUUAUUCAACAAUUGCAAUAAUAUGUAAGCAAAGAUCAGCCAAAAAUUCUCAAUUUACAGAAUUGUUUUUCAACUAACGAAAAGCAAUUGACAUUAUAUGAAUCUACACAAGAAUGAGAUUUUACGGUGCUUUUGUGUGAUGUCUUUCAAUAUUUAUUGUACAUGUAUAUAUUUAUAAUUUUGAUAUUACCUCUAACAGAAUGAUGAUGUAUUUGCAAUGAUAAAUAACUUUCCUUGACAAUGUUGUAAUGUAGUAUGUACCAAUAGAUUACUUAUCAUGCUUCAGUGUAUCAUGUAUCACUGAUUUUAGUUUAUUUCUAAAUAAUAUCUUGUUUACUCUGUUAAAUGGUACGUUUUUGUCAGUGGAUUUUUUUCUUCAAGAUUUUGACAUCUUUUUCUGUGCACAAAAUUGAUCUUUAAGGAAAAUCAGUGUUUAGGACAAAAACAGGUAAAAAGAAAACAAGUUUACUAUAAAAAGUGAAAUAACAAAAAUUAUACACAUAUUUACAGAACAGAUGUCAAUGAUUCUAGUGUUUUAAAAGUUAAUAGUAUUAUGAGUUUUAGAAUUCUCUACCCAAAAAAAAAAUCACAAUUACUGGACACUCCUACAUUCACAGGAACUUCUUUCCUUCUCUGUGCAUGUACUGUAUACAUCAGAAUGGGAUUGUUUAUGACUAUGUGUGUAAGUUUCUGUUAUGAUUAUUUAUUUAUGGAUUAAGUAAUUUAAGAAUUGAAUGCAUAUAAUUGGUUUUUAUUUUCCUCGUAAAUUUCAAUUUGACAUUCUAAAAUGUGUCACAGCAAUGUUGUAUAUAUAUACUUACAUUGUGGGAAUAAAGCAUGAAUCCAUCCAUACUAGUAAUUCCUGAUCAAUAAUCUUUAAUUGGAUAUAUUCCACAAAUUUCAGUAAUAAUAAUAAAUUAAUUACUGUACGAAGUAAAAUUUCUCCCAUUCAUUGGGGAAUUUACAAAAACAUUGUUUAAAGUAAUUGAAUGGUCCUUACAAAACUUCAAAUGGCCUUGGACCUUUGAUAAAAAACGUGUUUUUUUUACCUUUUACUGAAGAGACAUUAACAAAUGACUUUUGACGACUAAAUUUAGAAAAGUCUCACAUUUUUUCUCGAAUAUGGUAUUUCUUAGACAAGCAUAAUCCUUCUGAUAAUAUUCUUCACUAGGAAAACCAAAGAAAAUAAAAAUCUUAAUUAUCGAAAUACCUGUAAGAUAGCAUUCAUUCAAAGCUCUCUACAUAUUGUUCUAGCUGUAAAUUUUUAUUUAAUGAAUUAUUUAUUGAGUAAUGAAUGUUUUUGAAAGAAUAAAGUUUAUGUUUCUGUG